UGCUGCUAGAAUCAUACAUAAAGCGAGUUUUAGGUGCGCUUGUGUUUGCAGUUUGUAGUGUUUGUUUAUGCAAGGAUAAUGCGGGUGCUGGGGUUCCUCUUGCUGUGUGUGUGGCUUGUCAAUGGGGAGCAUCUAGAGCUCGACCAAGUUGUAUUUGUGCCAGAAGAUUGGAUCCAUGCAGGCCGAGUGGCUCCUCAGGAGGAAGUGGAGCUCACUUUUGCCCUCAAGCAGCAGAAUGUGGACAGACUUCAGAAGCUGCUGCAGCUUGUAUCAGACCCGGAUUCACAGCAGUAUGGAAAGUUCUUGACCUUGGAGGAAGUGGCGUCUCUGGUCAGGCCGUCUCAGCUGACUGAGAAAGCCGUGUGGUCGUGGCUGCAGGGUCAUGGGAUCCAAAACUGCCAUACGGUGCAAACUCAAGACUUCUUGCAGUGCACUAUGACUGCUCAGGUGGCAGAAACAUUGCUUCCUGGAACUGAAUUUCACCGCUACAAGAGAGGUGCUCAGACUGUAAUGAGGUCGUCCUCUCAGUACUCGGUUCAUGAAGAUGUGUCUGAGCAUCUGGACUUUGUGGGUGGUGUGCUACGUUUUCCUUUGAGUGGUAAAGAAAUCAGUAAGGCCUGGGCAGGACCUAGACGAUCUGGAAAGGCUUUUCAUUUGGGUGUGACUCCUACAACAUUAAGAGCUCGCUACAACCUGACUGCAGCCGAUAUUGGCAAUGCUGCUAACAACAGCCAAGCAGUGGUGCAGUUCUUGGAGCAGUAUUAUCACCCAGCAGACCUGGCUGAGUUCAUGAGUUUAUUUGCGAGAGGUUUCAAACACCUGACUGAAGUUGAGCGAGUGGUGGGUAAGCAGGGAGGAGGAAAAGCAGGCCUGGAAGCCAGUUUAGAUGUGGAAUACAUCAUGAGCACUGGAGCCAACAUCUCCACGUGGGUCUUCACCAACCCAGGUCGACAUGAGACCCAGGAGCCAUUCCUUCAGUGGAUGCUGCUCCUUAGCAACAUGUCUGACGUACCUUGGGUGCACACGAUCAGCUACGGGGAUGACGAGGACAGUCUGUCCACUGUCUAUAUGAAUCGCAUCAACAACGAAUUCAUGAAAGCUGGGCUCCGAGGAAUCUCUAUGCUCUUUGCAUCUGGAGACAGCGGAGCUGGCUGUCGGCACUUGACCAAAGAAAACGUGUUCAGGCCGAGCUUUCCCGCUUCCAGUCCAUAUGUGACCACAGUGGGUGGGACGUCCUUCAAGAAUCCUUUCAAAAUCACCUAUGAGGUCACGGAUUACAUCAGUGGGGGUGGCUUCAGUAAUGUGUUCACAAUGCCAGACUAUCAGGUUGGUGCAGUGAAGGCGUUUUUGAAAGGCGCACAGAAGCUUCCUCCAGAGUCCUACUUCAACCGCAGUGGAAGAGCCUAUCCUGACAUGGCAGCACUGUCGGACAAUUACUGGGUCGUUACCAACCUUGUACCCAUCCCAUGGGUUUCAGGAACCUCUGCUUCAACUCCAGUGGUCGGAGGAAUCCUCUCGCUCAUUAAUGACCAGCGCUUCCUGAAAGGCCUUCCUUCUCUUGGUUUCCUCAAUCCACGACUGUAUAAACUCAAAGGCACUGGUCUUUUUGAUGUAACAGAGGGAUGUCACUUGGCUUGUUUGGAUGACAAGGUAGAAGGGCAAGGUUUCUGUGCUGCUUCCUCAUGGGAUCCAGUGACUGGAUGGGGAACCCCAAAUUACCCUGCUCUACUUGCUGCUCUGAUCGCGGACUAAAGACUUGGCAAACCAACGAGUUUUGAAGAAUUUCACCUUUACCUUGCAAGACCUUAAAAAUAGUCUUGUUUAUACAAAACUUGAGUAUCACUGUAUGAUUCUAUAAGGCAUAAUGUUCUAACUACAUCUUAUUGACCAUUUUACUAAUGAGCAAAUGAAUCUGAACAAGUAAAGGUGUUUGGUUGUUUUUUUUGAAAUUAUGUUUAUUCAUUUUAACACACACCUUCCCCCUCCUGCAGUGGUCUGUUUUAAGGUAGUGCUGGUAGUGAAAAGCCCAGGACCAAUGCUUAAACACAAUAAGCACUAGUAUUUACAGACUUGAUUUACUUACCUGCUUUACAGAUAAGUAAGCCACACAAUCAAUUGUUCUCUACAGUUAUUCAUUUCCAUAAAUAUACUGCACUAGAGGUAUGUAUAUAUCUUUUUAAAUGUGGCCUUAAAACCUCUCAGGCCCUUUGAUUACUGUAAUACAACUUUCAGUAAGAUUGCACUAAACAAUUCACACAGUGAAACUGAGAGCUGGGUUCUUGGUAUCAGUGAAUGUACUUGGUAUUGGGGGGGGGGCUUUUAGUCCACUUUUUUUUUUUUUUUUUUUUUUUAAGCCCUGUUUAUCAAAGAAAAUGACUAUUUUUGCUUUUAAAUAUAGCCAUGUUCAAAUAAGCUUGAGGUUGUGUUGCAAAGACAAGAAUCUGUUGUAUAACCAGCACUGAUAUGCAGUUGAAAUGCAAAUAGAAUGGUGUUAGUAAUUGUAAUGUACAACUUUUGUUUUUGGUCACCCUAGACCACAAGAUUUGUGAGAUUAUUAAUAUAUUUUUUUUCUUUCCUUUUACUUUGAGGUCAUGAAUGUUGUUUUAGGAACAUAUGUUGAGCCAGGUCUGUAAUACAGGGAAAGUAAUAUUCAUUUAGCCAGCACUGUUAAUGAUAAAAAUGGCAUUUUAAAAAUGAGCAGUGUACAACGAUUGAUGCAAGUCAAAUAAAAUCAUUUUGAAGCGUUUCCUCAUGAAACAAAG